AUCUUUCCCCCUCAACAAUUAUCUUGAUCAGUCAGACCAGAUGUAUAUUACCUUUGAUCUACAGACAGACGCAGACCACCUCCAUUGAUCCGCCAAACAGACGCAAAACUUUCUCGAUCCGUCAAACAAACACAGAUUUCAAAUCUUGAGAUCACCGACGCGAACCAAGCUUUGAUACCAGUUGUUGAAUAUUGUCCACUUGGGGCCAACCUCGCACAGAUUUACAAAAUUUGGAGGUCACUGGAUGAGGGUCCCACCCAACUGACGUCCACUAUCCUGGAUCUGAACACCGACCUAGGCUUUGAUACUAGUUGCUGAGACCGGGUAGCUCCAUUAGUAUGAUAUUGUCCGCUUUGGGUCAAAUACUAAGGUCACCGGAUGAGGGUCCCACCCAACUGACGUCCACCGCCCUAUAUCUAAACGCUAAACCAAAUUCUAAUACUAGUUGCUGAGAUCAGGUAGCUCUUUUAGUACGAUAUUGUCCGCUUCCAUCCAUACCCAAAUAGAUUUAAUUUUGGGUAUGCUCACCAAAAUGCCUUGUGAGCACUUCUACUAUGUUAUAUAGCAUUGGUGCUUUAAUGUACAACUUGAAGUUGUACAAUAACAUUAAAUGUAUAAGUUUAGGUUGUACCAUAAAGGAACUUGUAUCAUUAUGUUAUGGUACAACUUUACAACUUGAAUUUGUACCAUCACACAAGGUACAAGUUUAACUUGUACCAUAAAAGAAUUUGUACCUAUAGAGAAGUUGUAAAGUACAAUAUGAAAUUGUACCAUAACGUUAAAGAUACAAUUUCAAGUUGUACUAUAAAGGCAAAAACCUAUAACACCAAUGCUAUAUAACAUUGUAAAAUUCCUCCGUAUGCUAAUUGAAUUAGAUGUACACUAACAUACAAUAAAGUUGUAUUAACUCUUUUCUAAAAAUGCGGGAGUGUCCAUCCACUUGUAUGGUAUGGCUACGUAUGACCUUCUCAUCGGAUAGAGAAGCUUUUGUUAGCAUUUUUUUUCCUUUAAACUAUUGCAACACCAUUGCGACACAUCAACACUAGAAAGUGGAGAAGGAAUAUCGAUAGAGGUAAAAAGACGAAGACGAUGAUGCGCUUUCACAAAAUUUAUCAUCGACUCUCUGUCUCCCUUCUCCCUUCACCGCCCCCUCCUGCUCUCCCCGCUGCUCUUGAAAUCAAUCUCCGUCAAUUUGCCUCCGGUCACCUGAGAACUCAACUCCUAAGCUCUGCCCGCCGGCGGCGCUCAAUCAUGUCUUCCCCUCGUUCUAGGCUGCGGAACCUAGCCCCGGUCAACUCGGCAGCAGAAGAUGUUGGCGGCCUAUCCACUGUCGCCGGCACCGCUGCUUCUUCCACCGAUGUCGCCGACUAUUACGAAGAAGCGACAGAGGGAAAGUAUCAAAUUCCUCCACCGGCGAUAAGAGACAUCGUUGAUGCGCCACCCCUCCCUGCAUUGUCGUUUUCACCUCAGAGGGACAAAAUUCUGUUUCUGAAGCGGAGGGCUCUGCCUCCGCUGUCAGAACUAGCUAAACAGGAGGAAAAGCUGGCUGGUAUGCGUAUAGAUGGCAAGUGCAACUCUAGGAGCAGGAUGUCGUUCUACACUGGAAUUGGCAUUCAUCAGUUGAUGCCAGAUGGUAGUCUAGGGCCAGAGAGGGAGGUUUGUGGGUUGCCAGAGGGGGCCAAAAUCAAUUUUGUUACUUGGUCCCUGGAUGGUAGACAUUUGUGUUUCAGCAUCCGCCUUGGUGAGGAGGAGGAGGAGGAUAACAACAGCAGUAAGCUGACUGUAUGGGUUGCUAAUGUGGAAACUGGGCUAGCUCGACCACUGUUUCAGUCGCCUGAUAUUUAUCUAAAUGCUGUUUUUGAUAAUUUUGUGUGGGUGGAUGACUCAACUUUGCUUGUUUGCACCAUCCCAAAGUCUCGUGGGGCACCACCCAAGAAACCUUUGGUCCCAUCUGGCCCGAAAAUUCAGUCUAAUGAGACUAAGGACAUUAUCCAAGUAAGAACCUUCCAGGAUUUGCUGAAGGAUGAAUAUGAUGAAGAUCUGUUUGACUACUAUGCCACCUCACAGCUUGUUCUAGCUUCUCUGGAUGGGACUGUGAAGGAAAUUGGCACACCAGCUGUAUAUACAUCAAUGGAUCCUUCACCAGAUGAGAAGUAUCUUAUGAUCAGUUCUAUUCACAGGCCAUAUUCCUAUAUUGUGCCAUGUGGGAGAUUUCCAAAAAAGGUAGAAGUGUGGACAAUUGAUGGGAAAUUCGUGAGAGAGCUUUGUGAUUUGCCCCUUGCGGAAGACAUUCCGAUUGCCUUCAAUAGUGUUCGCAAAGGAAUGCGCUCAAUCAAUUGGAGAUCAGAUAAGCCUGCAACUAUCUAUUGGGCAGAGACACAGGAUGGGGGUGAUGCAAAAGUAGAAGUAUCUCCUCGGGAUAUCAUCUAUAGUCAACCUGCUGAUCCGGUAGAAGGUGAAGAACCAGAAAUCCUGCACAAGCUUGAUUUUCGCUAUGGCGGAAUUUCUUGGUGUGAUGACUCACUAGCCUUGGUUUAUGAAUCAUGGUACAAGACAAGGCGGAUAAGAACCUGGGUAGUAUCUCCUGGAUCUAAAGAUGCUACUCCACGCAUAUUAUUUGACAGGUCAUCAGAGGAUGUGUACUCUGAUCCUGGUUCUCCCAUGCUGAGGAGAACAAGUGCUGGUACGUAUGUGAUUGCAAGGAUAAAGAAACAAAAUGAUGAAGGCACAUAUCUUCUGCUGAAUGGAAGUGGUGCCACGCCUGAAGGGAAUAUUCCAUUCCUUGAUCUUUUUGACAUAAAUACCGGCAGCAAAGAACGUAUUUGGCAAAGUGACAAGGAAAAGUAUUUUGAGACUGUUGUUGCAUUAAUGUCCGAUGACAAUGAAGGGGACCUCCACCUAGAUCAGUUAAAGGUUUUGACAUCCAAGGAGUCGAAAACGGAGAACACCCAGUAUUAUAUCCAGAAGUGGCCAGAAAAGAAAGCAUUUCAGAUUACAGCUUUCCCUCACCCAUACCCACAGUUGGCGUCCCUGCAGAAGGAGAUGAUUAGGUAUCAGAGAAAAGAUGGAGUUCAACUGACCGCAACAUUGUACUUGCCACCUGGCUAUGAUCCCUCCAAAGACGGCCCACUUCCUUGUUUGGUAUGGUCUUAUCCUGGGGAAUUUAAGAGCAAAGAAGCUGCAGGACAGGUUCGUGGUUCUCCUAAUGAAUUUCCAGGCAUAGGGUCUACAUCAGCUCUUCUUUGGCUAGCUAGGAGGUUUGCCAUUUUAUCUGGACCAACAAUUCCUAUUAUUGGGGAGGGCGACGUGGAGGCUAAUGACAGCUAUGUAGAACAAUUAGUUGCAAGUGCUGAGGCAGCUGUUGAGGAAGUCAUCCGACGUGGUGUUGCUCAUCCCAGCAAAAUUGCGGUUGGUGGACAUAGCUAUGGUGCCUUCAUGACUGCAAACCUGUUGGCGCAUGCCCCUCAUCUUUUCUGCUGUGGAAUUGCUCGUUCAGGAGCUUAUAACAGAACACUUACACCUUUCGGGUUUCAGAAUGAGGAUAGAACUCUUUGGGAGGCUACGAGUACCUAUGUCGAGAUGAGUCCUUUCAUGUCAGCCAACAAAAUUAAGAAGCCAAUAUUGCUUGUCCACGGGGAAGAAGACAACAACUCAGGAACACUAACCAUGCAGUCGGAUCGAUUCUUCAAUGCUCUAAAAGGUCACGGUGCGCUGUGUCGCUUGGUCAUUCUUCCGUUCGAGAGUCAUGGGUAUUCUGCGAGAGAGAGCAUAAUGCACGUCCUUUGGGAAACAGACAGAUGGCUGCACAAGUACUGUGUCCCAAACACCUCUGAUAUAAAUGCCGAGCUCGAUGCAUGCAAAGACAAUCCAAGUCAAGAAACCAGUGAGAGUAAAGUUGCUGCGGGCAGUGGGGGUGGAAACCCAGAGCAGGCAGAUGACGAGCAUGAUCCUGAUCAUCAUUCCGUACGAAGAUCAUCAUUAUGGUAAAUAAAUACUAUCACCUUUCACCUUCUAACAUCAGGAAGACCGAGGCCGAAGCUCUUGUUCAUAGUAUAUUUGCUUCGCGUUCUAUCUACUCAACUGAAACAUGAAUGAGAGCAUUUUCAAAAUCGGUUUGGGCAUAGGGAUAACCCUUAUGAAUCCUUAUUAGAAAGCCAAAUGAACACUGGCCUGUUACAAUAUCUUUUAUUGCACCUUCCGUUUCUUUUGCUUGAUAUCACUCCUUAUAGACUGACAUGUUCGAAUCAAAAUUCCAGACUUCAGCUGCAAAGGACCGGGACUGAACCAAGCUUCGUACACUGAACGUGUUGGUGGUCUUUACUCUUUAGCAUGGCGGAGGCAAACUCCUCCAAAUCGACAGUUUCCAGUGACUUGCCCAGAAAAAAAAAAAGCAGUGAUCGCAUGAAGGUCGAAAAGUCAUACCACACCAGCUAUCCCAUCUAGUUUCAAUAUUUCUACAGCUCCGUCUAGUUCAUGCUUUGUUGUGUAUUACAAGUACUUGUGUACCGUUAUUAACAUACGGCAAAGCCUGCAGCAUACACAUUUGAUAAUGGACAAAAAUAAUCCCAAUUCUCCCUCUUCUAUGGUAUUCAUGAAUCGUCGUUUCUUUAUUAAGAUGCCAGUUGUUUGUAGAUCCUGCAUUGUUAAUGAAUAGAGAGAACUCGUUUGAAACAAUUCGUGCUCCAAAUUCGAGCAUUCACACAAUGCUCUUAAAGUCUAUUCAUUUCAACAAUCCAAGAUUCAAUCCAACCCAGAUGAAGUAAAUACAGGUUGAACUAGUAAACGAUAAUGAACCCACAUUGUAUCACAAAAUGGCAAACACUUUAUUUCCGUAUCUUUGAGGCAAGGUUGCUCUCCUCAACCCUACGGAGGCAUAGGAAUCGGGGGGGAAAAAAAAACAAUCAGCAGUUCUUAGCAAAACCAACAGACAAAUUGAGCCAUCAAGGAUGACUCCUAUUCUUCGGCGACGACACUGAUUUCGCCCUUCUCAAGCAUGUCGUAGAAUGCCCUUACUUUCCUCUGCUCGUUCCAGUGAUGCAUCUUCCAAAAGCCACCCGCGACCAAGCCGAGCGCCAUCCCGAUGACUAUCUCCUUCACGACGCUCGGUCCCUUCAGUGUGGGGUGUGGAAUCCUGCCAGCCAUUUUGCUAUUUUUCUCUGCAAACAGUCAACAUAUCCCCCUUGCUUUGUCAGCCACUAGUCACAAAAAGAAAUUCCAACUUUUCUACCUACCUUAUCCAAUCUACCUAUCAUAUGUAAUUUAACAAUCUAACUAACGAAAUUCUUACAUAAACAAUACAAGCAAGUUCAGAUAGUAUAAAAAACUGAAGCUUGCUGGCCAUCUAUUGAGCUUAUCAGUCCAGCUAAAUGGAAAUCCUACACAGACAGUAGAUGAGAGCAACAAUAACGAAUCCGAGCUUUCUACCUAUCUAAUCUACCUGAGAAAUGAGGCUUGAUCAAUCCAACUAAUCAGACUUCAUAUACAAACAGCAAAGCACAAUCAAACAUUGAUGGUCUCAUGACUUUACACAUACAAAGAAUGCUUCACAUCCAGUAGAAUUCACCUAAAGUUUACUUAAAUUGCUUUCUCUGCAACAAUCAACAGUUGCUUUCUUAGCCAGCCACCAGCACACACCACAUAGAAAAUUAAGCGUUCUAACAAAU